GAUGAUGACACUUGUUCAAGUCGCUCUUGCGUUAUGUGCUUUAGCAGCAAGGGCUGAAGCAUUCGUUGCUAUAGGUGUUAACUACGGAAGACUUGGAAACGACCUGCCGUCUCCGGCUCAAGUGGUGCAACUCUACAGGAACAACGGCAUAACCAAGAUGAGGCUAUUCGACCCUGACGUUGCUGUGCUUGAAGCCCUCAGAAACACCCAAAUUGAUCUCACUCUUGGCAUUCGAAACGAAGAUUUACCCGCCAUGGCUGCCACCAUCGAAGCCGUCGACAAGUGGUUCGCAACCUACGUACAACCAUACUCCCAAGACAUCGUCUUUCGUUUCAUUGUUGUCGGAAACGAGGUGGUUCCAGGGAACUUGGCUAACUACGUGCUGCCUGUGAUGCAGAAUCUUCAAAGCAUACUUGAUGCUUCUCAUUUAAGUGGCAUUUCUGUGACCACCUCGGUGCCUACUUCUGUCUUCGGAACUUCAUAUCCACCUUCGCUCUCUGUUUUCUCAGACGAAUCGAAGGAGGCUAUGGUUGGGAUUCUGGGUUUCCUUUCAGCUCAAGCAAACCCUCUUUUGGUUAACUUGUAUCCAUAUUUUGCAUAUGCGUCUGACCCUCAAAACAUACGCUUGGACUACGCUCAGUUAAAUGCUAAGGACGUUGUAGUUCAGGACGGAAGUUUUGGGUAUUGUAACAUGCUUGAUGCCAUGAUCGAUUCGUUUUUCUGGGCAAUGGAGAAAGUGGGAUUUGCUGAUGUGGACGUUGUGGUUUCUGAGAGUGGUUGGCCUUCUGCUGGUAAAGGGGAGCUCACAACUACAUCAAUGGCCGCUACUUAUAAUCAGAACUUCGUGAGACGCAUUGCUUCACAGGCAGGAACACCAAAGAGGCCGGACGCUUUCAUAGAAGGUUUUGUGUUUGCGAUGUUCAAUGAGAAUCUCAAGCCUGGCGGUGUAGAGCAACAUUUCGGACUGUUCUAUCCUGACAUGCGACCUGUUUAUCCGGUGUUUCCUGAUGUGCAUUAGAAGUGCUAGCGAUUAGCGGUUAUUCUAGGUAUUAACUGAGCCCCUAGCUAGGCAUAAUAAAAACAAGUAGGAUAUUGCAGCUUAAUGUGGCUUUUUACUAAAACCAGAUGAGAUGCACUGUUCAUCAUUUGUUGAUUCUAUAUUAUGUAUUGAUGGAUGAUUCAUAUUUCUAGUAAUAAAAUUUCUCAUUCUUUGAUUGGUAGUUAUUA